CAUGGCUUCAUCCAGGUGGUUACUGAAGCAGACAUCGAAGAGUUUGAGGCAAACUAUAGAGGUUCUGAUUCUGAAAAGAAUGAUCUUAUUGAUCUCUACGAGAAAUUCAAGGGUAACAUGAACAGGCUUUUCUGUUCGAUGCUCUGCUCAGAUCCCAAGCUUGAUUCCCACCGCUUUAAGGAUAUCAUUGAUGAUGCAAUAGCAGCAGGAACGUUGAAGACAACCAAGGCAUACGAGAAGUGGGCAAAGCAAAUUUCCAAAACUGAACCACCUACAGAUCCUCUUAGAAAGAGGGGGAAAGCGAAGAAGAAGUCAGACAAUCUUCUUGCAAUCAUAUCUCAGUGCCGUAGUGAGCGAAAGGAGCAUUUUGAUUCCAUGUUUUCAUCUCUGGUGAAUAAAUAUGGUGGUGGAAUGCAGAGUUCAGAACCCAGUGAAGAAGAGUUUGAGGCUGCAAGAAAGAAACUUGAGAGCCAAAAGUCUGCCAAAAAGUCCAGGCAAAAAUAACAGGAACAUGUGAUGUAUUGGAUUAACUGUGUAUAGCUUUGGUUGAUUUGAGCACUCUCUUAUGCUUCUAAUUUCGGUAGCCAAAAUUGGUGUGUUUGAUUUCCCCUUUGUUUGAAUGAUAUUUUGCGAUGACAGAUGCUCAAUGCACUCUUGGUUUGUUUCCUUAUCUUCUGGCAGCGCAAGAACUACAUUUGUUGUAAUACUGGAAAUUGCUGCCUAUAGUUUUGUGCAUGCUUAAGUUACAGGAACUUUACUUUCCCAAA